GCUUUAACGACUUAUAGAGCAUGGGUUGACGUCGAAGAAUCUUACUUAUCCUCUCCAUUACUCACGAGUGUCUUGCAUACAUCAGUGGGCAUUACAAAACCGACCGAAUACAUACUUACAUACGCGUGAAUAAUGCAUGAAUCCACAAGUAUUUAAAGCCGAGCGAUAAGUGAUUUCAUUAUCAGUUUAAUUUUGCUUCACUACAGUAAAACACCAAACAAAAACCAACAUUCAAUAUGUUCAAAUACUUCGCACUCGUCUUCGUCGCCCUCUUCGCCUGCGCCGCUGCCGAGCCUAAACCCGCUGUCGUAGCAGCGCCAUUGGCCUACUCAGCCCCAUUGGUCGCCUCCCCCUACACCGCUGCAUAUACUGCCCCAUAUGCCGCUUACGCUGCCGCACCCUAUGCCGCCUACUCCGCCUACUCUGCUUACCCAUACAGCGCCGCCUAUGUGCUCCGCAAGUAAACGGAAUGUAGCAAAAGAUCCGGAAUUUAAGAAUAAAAAUGAAAAAAUAAAACAAAGCCAUAAACGAUAAA